AAUGUGAGGCCGUGUACCCCACUGACUAAAUUCAGCUGAUCUCUUCUUCUGCCAAGUCUAUCCCAACGUGUUGGUGACUAUCCCUCCCACAACUAUCCCAUCAGCCACUUUGUGCCCCCAGUUCUGCCAUCGAUACCAGGGGAAGCUACCAUUGAAAAAUGACUGAAAUCGUCUUCAGAACAAUCUGGCAGUCUGAUGAGCUCAGCCGGCUCCAGAAUCCCAGCCAGGAGCAGAUCAGAUGCAAAGGAGACAUGUCGGGAAUCAACCUGGAGUACGCAAGAAGAGAAAAAAAAUGGCUCUUCACUAAGAAGAAAAAAUCUGUCUCCUUCCACGGGACGGAGCGUAAUAAGAUCAUCGAUGACGCACAACUCUCCUGUCCAGAGCUGAGGCGAUCUGCUGCCUCCACCAAUGUGUCCGCCCUCAACCUAUCCUGCGACAAGGAGUCCACCGACAGCGCUGAGAGUUUAGACUCCAGGAAAUGCCAGUCUCCAGUCACAGGCAUAGACGAUAUGAAGAUGCCAUGGUCCAGCAGGCAGCUCAGUCUCAGUCCGUGUGCGAUUUUUCUGGAGAGGGUUGAGAAAAAUAAAAACGCUGCUAACUCCUUGAGGGAAUACACUCGAAAACUAGAGGGUAAACACAAGAAGCUUGAGAACUUACUGAACAAGCUGGAGAGUGACAGAAGAGGCACGCUUUACAACUCAUUAUUCCUCGAGAAAAGCAAUAAACAGAAGCACAUGUUCGAAGUGGAGAACAGUGCCUUACAGCAGAGGUCAUUGGCAGUUGAGAAAAGCAAUAAACAGAAGCACAUGUUCAAAGUGGAGAACAGUGCCUUACAGCAGAGGUCAUUGGCAGUUGAGAAGAACCUCUGCCAGAAGAUGAUGAAGGAUAGCACACAGUGGCGUGACAACAUGAGAAAAGAAUCAAAGGAUGGGCUUGCUGCUACUUCUGAGAAGAAAGCAGAAAGGCCAUCCAGUGCAGGCAACCCCCAGUUACAGAUUCUGGAACAGAUUGCACGCUCAAUGAGUGACUUGAGACACAUGCUUACAUCACAGUUAAAUGAAAUCAAGGAGAAAAGUAACUUACCCGGCACCUCAUCGAGUCUUAGGGACAAAGAGCCAAGCAUCUCCCCAGUUUUGCUGGAGAGUGUGAGGGAAAGUCUCGAUAACGUGGUUGGCAAGUAUCAAAGUAAAACCGCUCAACAACGAGCCAAGCUGAAGAUGCUGACCCAGUUUGAUGGUAAAUUUGAAGCUUUUAACCAGCAGUGGGAGCGUACCCAGAAGGAACAUCAACGCACCACACAGAUGAUCCAAGAACUGAAAACAGAGAUCGACAGUAUUGCAAAUACGUGA